AUGGAGGAGGAUCUGUUCCCACCAGGCGCAGACCCAGGACUAGCAUCCCUGGUGAAUUUCCUCCGGGGCGAAACAGAACAAUUGUCCUUGAGGCAGACAAUGCACCUGGCCAAAAUAGCAGACCUGUUUGUACUGGACUCCCGGGACGCGUUGUUCUAUUCGAAACACUCCGGAACGCCCCGGGACGCUGCCGAUCGUCUCCGUCUGGUGGUCCCCCAAGACCUCCAAGAGGAUAUUCUGCACCAUUGUCACGCAGACCUCCAAGGCGCUCACCUGGGUAUCAUCCGGACUUAUGAGAGUCUGCGCAAAGAAUUCUACUGGAUUGGGAUGUUCAAGGACACGGAGGGAUAUGUCAAAGAGUGCGUGGAUUGCGUCACGGCUAAGGGGUUACCGCGGAACCCAGGCUCAUCACCAGGCAACUUGCUGGCUACGUGA